GAAAAGUGCUAUGUAAGGAAGAAUGGUAUGGACAGAUUCCUCUGAGACAAGACCCCAAAUAACUGUAGCGAAACGUGUUAUAAUCAGAUGCAAAACUGUGCUUUUUGCUUUUAUAUUUCUGUGCAAGAUACUACAACAUACAUUAUGAUCUACUUCAUUUGCUGGCUCUUUGACACACUUCAGCAUAGGUCAAUACAUGCCAAAAUGACACACUUUUUGUUAUUGUUGUCACUGAAAGAAUAUCCUCCUAUAAGUAGCAUUGAUGUGUCAUCAAAGCUAGGACAUGGAUUACCUGAGGAAUUCCAGACUGCCUUCUGAGCUUUGUUCAUAGAAACUGUUGAUGAUAGUAGUUGAACAUAAAAGAAAGCCAUGGGGUGAAGUGACCUGUGAACAAGGACAGAAAAAAUUGCUGAGGUGGUAACUUUCACAUCGUCUUAGCUCUCUUUUUGAAUCCCAUCUUCAGUGUCCCAGCCUGCCAUAAUCCAGUUAGAGCUUAAAAUGUUAGUUCCUUAAGGCAGGUGGCAGAAGAGCAAAGCAAGGUCUUGCCUUAAAGAACAUGCAAUUUAUUCAGAUGACUGCAAUAUAAAGUGGUCACAGGUGGUUUACCUAUGAUCAGUAAGAUCGAGAGAGGAAAACUUUUAGAAACAGUGAGUUAAAAAGAGAAGGUUAAAGGUAAGUUAGUUGGUCUGUGCCUAGGUUUGAAAGAGCUGAUUUAGCUAGCUGUGGGAGGAUCUGUGGUGUGUAACAUGAACACAAGUCGGGAGCUUGUAAGGAGGAUGAGUCUAUAAUAAAGCAAGUCAAUUAACAAUGGAGAAAGAGUUUGUGGGGGAGGAGAAGGAAUUCCAAUUUCUCAGUCAUGCGCCUAGUAUAAACACUGCCUCAUCCACUUACUGCAUUACAUACAUGCUUCUGAAAGGGCACAAUUCCCUGUUAGACCUGUUAUAGGAAAAAAUAUGCUAAAAAUCAUACAAAGAAGAGAAAGAUGGAAUCUUACCAACCAGGUCCUGAAGAACUAACAGAUGACCAUCCAUCAGACUACAGAGGGUUUUUUAUUGCAUCUGGGCUGGAAUUGGCACAAAACUCCUCAGGGUGGACAAUGAACAACACUGCUAAGUGCCAUGAUGAUCACACACUGGAUAAGUAUUUGUUUCCAUUUGUGUACAGCAUUGUGAUGGUCAUCAGUAUUCCCAUCAACUGCAUAUCCCUCUAUGUGUCUUGCAUUCAAGUGAGGAAAAAGAAUGAGUUAGCAGUCUACCUCUUCAGUCUAUCCCUGGCUGACCUUUUGUACUCUGUGAUUCUGCCUCUGUGGAUUGAUUAUGCCUGGAAUGGAGAUAACUGGAGGCUCUCUGCCAUGCUUUGUCAGAUUUCUGCCUUCCUUAUGUAUAUGAAUUUCUACACUAGCACUGCAUUCCUUGCUUGCAUCUCUGUCAACAGGUACCUGGCAUUAGUUCACCCCUUGAAGCUGCAGCACUUGCGCACAAGGAGAUUUUCACUGAUUGUCAGCAUAAUUGUUUGGCUUCUGGAAGGCAUCUUGAAUUCUGUCAUACUGAUGAACAAAGAAGUAUUCAGUGAUCCUUGCAAUUCCACUAAUCAUACGUUAUGUUAUGAUAAAUACCCCCUGGAACGGUGGCAGGCACAGAUAAAUUUACUCCGGAUAUGCUCAGGGUACCUGGUCCCUUUGAUAAUCAUUGUGUUUUGCUAUCAUAAAAUCUACCAAGCAGUGAGGUGUAAUCAAGCCACAGUAGAUGAAGAAAAGAAAAAAAUCAGGAAACUUAUAUUGAAUAUCACAGUUACUUUCAUUCUUUGCUUCACGCCUUAUCAUGUUGUAUUGUUUAUUCGUAGCAUCAAAGAACCGUACUCCAACCCCCAGUUUUUGCAGUUGAUGUAUAAGAUCUACAGAAUCACACAAGCCUUAACAAGUUUGAACUGCAUUGCCGAUCCAAUUCUUUACUGCUUUGUGAGUGAAACUGCACAGACAGACAUUCUGAAUUUGCUCAGGUGUUGCUUAUUCUUACGAAAGCCUGAGGGAAACCAACUGGAAGAACAUACUCUGUGCAGUUCUACUACAAAGAGCAAUAUCACCUACAGAACUUGCUGUGAAACUGAGACUCUCUCAAAAAUGGCUGCAAGAGCAUAGUCAAAGAAAAAGUGGAUAACAUAAAGGGAAAAGAAAGGAGAACUCUUCUGCCAUCUAUACCUAGGAAAUACCCCAUAAGUAUACUAAUCUAAGUGAAGCCAGCAGCUGGAACUAAUGAGAACUUAUUGCAGGGUCAAUGAAAUUGAGGGAGCAUCAUCAUGUAUCUUUAAAACAGAUGUGGUACAUAAAUCAACAAACAAACAUAGUCAAGAAAGGUGAACGUGACACGCUGAACAAAGGAAGAUUCCCCACCCAACUGCCUCCUGUCUCAGAUUGCUAGCUAAUCCAUGUGCUGGGCAUACAUGUACUCAGCUGGAAGAAGGCUGAAGUCCUCUUAACCAGUCAUUUUUUUUUUUUUUUUUUUUGCAGUUUUAUUAAAAACCUGAAGCUUAGCUGUGAAGGAGCCUUAUGUAGGAUUGUUUUUAAAUCUGUGGAAGAAAUGAAUAAAGAAUGCACACAAACACAGAUCAUUCAAAUGAUUGACAAAGGAGCAGACAGAGAGAGGAUGUUCAAUCUUUUCUCUGAUAUGAUGGUACUAUGAAGAUACCUUUCUUUCAGUAACUGCUCAUGUUCUCCUUCAGCAUACCCCUCCGAUUAGCCACUUCUUAAAAUUGUUUACCUAGUGGAGACAGAGACUUAACUUUGAUCUCCUUUGGAAAAUGUCCUAAUGUAUAAUUAUAUCAUGUCUUUUCGUUACAAUAUGAGUAUUGGGUUUCAGAUAGUUGAAGAUUCAUUACUUAGAGUGUAUGUAAGGGACCAGAUUCUAGCCACCAAUGGUGUAAGUCAGAUGAAAUUUUUCCUGAUAUGCACAAGGAGGAAAGGAAAGGAAUGGAAGGUGAGGUUUCACAUCUCCGCAACACAAAAGACCACUCUUUAGUCUUGCUUAUUUUGACUGUAAUUUCGAGUGGGUUUUUCUAUUUGUUUGUUUGUUCUUAUGGAGUCAACAGAGCAAGGAGGUCUAUAUCCACUUAUUUAACUGCAGAUGGAGGCUUCAGCUAGAGUUACUGGCUGAGCUCUCAGUCAGCCAGUUUUACAAAAAAUCAAACAAACCAACUAACUAUACUAAAAAAACAGCAAAGAACAAGAAUGGACCAAUAGCUAAUAAGAAUGGCAGCAAAGGAUCCCAAAUUUUAAAAGGGUUGAAAUUAGCACAAAUCAAAAGUAGAGCUAUUAACACAGGGAUCUGGUCACAUGCAGACUCCCUGCAAUUGCUGUGAUUCACUGGUAGUAGCGGGCACCUGUCCCUGUGAAAAGACAAUCAAAACACUAUGGGGUUUUCUUUGUCUCCUUGUAAACUUUUCACUUUAGGUCAGUUUCCAGGAAGAAUGUUUGAUUUUGGUGGUUUUCCAGUUUCAUAGAGGAAAAAAAUAAAUCUUUUCAUCAAAAAUAACCCCAUCUGCAAGUCUGUAAUGGAAAGAAUUUGGACUAGCACUUUUCAGCACAAUUCUAAGACUGACAUUAUACUUGGAGGACCAGCACACAGUGAUCACAACAGUGAUCACAAGCAGCACUGAAAUUUUUGCAUGGAAAUUAUUCCUUUCUCCAUUACAAAGAGCCACUUUUGUUUUCACGAGUUCCUGGUUGUGUCUAUUUAUAUUUUCAAUUAAUUUCACAUUCUGAGAGGGGAAGUUGAGAGGCUGAGGAAGUUGGGCUUGUUCAGCCUGGAGAAGAGAAGACUUUGGGGGUCCUAAUGUCAGACUUACGAUAUCUGUAGGGAGAGUGUUAAGAAGACAGAGCCAAGCUUUUCACAGCUGUGCGUAGCAGAAGGACAAGAAACGCACAUAACUCAAAACAAGAAGGGUCAGAUUCGAUAUAAGUGAAAAUUUUUGAACUAUGAGGACUGCCAAGCAAUGGAGCAGGUUGCACAAAGAUGUAUUGCACACUCCAUCCUUGCAGAUUUUGAAGACCCAACUGUACAAAGCCCUUGAAAAACCUGGUCAGGCCUCAUAGCAGACCUUGCUUGGAGUGCAAGGUUGAACUAGAGACUUCCUGAAGUCCCUUCCAACCAGAAUUCUCCUGUGAUCCCACGAACUUUUAUAAAUAUGUAUGUCACUAUUCUGGCUGUUACCUUCCUCUUCAAAAAAUGUAGAUUCCCUUCCCUUCUGUGUUUCCAUUAAUCCUUUUACUGGAUUUUGUUUUCACAUUUGUUUUUGUUUUCUGUAAUUCUGUUUAUAUGCUAUGAAGAAAAAGUAUGUGAACAGCAGCACAAACUACUUCACCACAAACAUGUCCCUGUGCUGACCUAAGAACACAAUGUAUUUUGCAACAGAAUGUGAAACUUCACUGCUGCACUGGAAUAAAAGCAGAACCAAGAUUCACUAACUUCAUGGAAAAAAAAAAAA